AUGGGAACUCCGAAUGGUAGGGUGAAACUCAAUGUUGGUGGCAGAAUCUUCGAAACUACAGCCACAACCUUAGAGUUUGCUGGCGAAAAUUCAUUCUUUCGAGCCAUGUUAGAUGAUAAUUGGAAUUCAGCAAUCACUGAACACUUCAUUGAUAGAAAUCCCGACUGUUUCGGUGUUCUUUUGGACUUACUCAGAACAGGAGAUCUUUAUAUUCCUCCAAAGAUCGACAAAAAGCUCCUAUACAAAGAGGCAGAAUAUUAUGGUAUUCUGGAUCAAGUUUGGUCAGCUGAGUGUGCUAAGUUUGAUGGCAAUAGGCCUCGGUUGGCACGUUCCUUAACGGGCUGGUCAGUAAGGGAUGGUAAAAUCUCUCGGGCUAUUCAUGCUAGCCCGACUGGGUGGUGCUGUGUGGCUCAUGGUAGUAUGGCUCACGUAUACGACUGGAUGCUAGAAGAACGCCCUACAAUCAAUCUUGAUUACCAUAAGGUGAACGAUGUUCAUUGGGUUGAUUCCAAUAAUAUUGUGGUUAGCUCUAAUGAAAAGCUAGAUAAUGGAGGCAUGGGGUUAUUCAAUGCUUCAACAGGGGAAUUGAGUUAUAAAUUUCAAGUUACAGAUGUAUUAAAAGGUUAUAGAGCAGGUGCACUCGGUUUUAACUCGGAUAACAAGUUGUUCUCUAGUUGUAACAACGCUAACAAUGGGCAUGGAAUCGGUGUUUGGGACCAAGUGACAGGUAAGCAGAUAAAUUUCCUCAACAGGUCACCAUACCGUCGUCAGAGUUAUGCUAGCAGGUUGCAAUGGCUACAUGAUACCAAUUGUAUGAUGAUUGCUAGUUUCAAUCCAAGGAAUGACAUUAGCUUGUAUGAUGUUAGGAAUGACAAGGUGGUUUGGUCUUGGUCUGGUGUCUACGCGCCUAACAGUUAUGACGUUCAGGAUGAGAAAAUUUUUAGAGAUGCGACAGCAAUAGAGGAGAGUAAUUCAAUUUGUAUAGUAGAUUGGAACGAGUGUCUCGGUUUCAUGGAUUUGAGGGGUGAUGGAACAAUAAAUUGGAGAAAUUCUAUCAAGGAUGUUAACCCUUUUUCUAACUGGGAGUAUAGAAGUAACAAUUGUUAUCCCAAACUGGCAUUUCACGAGGGGCAAUUGUUUUCAUCAUUGAACGAUACCAUUACCGUUUAUUCUGGUUCUGAUUUGGUUCCAACAUCGCAGUUUCUGCAGAGCCACGGUGGUCCAAUUUGUGAUUUUUCAAUUGCUGGUGACCGCCUUUUUGCUCUUCAUAGAAACGAAGAUGUUCUUGAUGUAUGGGAAACCCCUCGCGGAUUAACUAUAUCCUAG